CGGAACGUCAACAUUACGGUCACGAAAUCCGGACGAAAUCUCCUACUGUGGCUCUUAUUAAGAUCAUAACAGAUCAAUCAUGUCGCUUGCACAAGGAGCUCCCCUUUUAUCAAGACUGGUGUCGUCAUCUGUUGCCAUUGCAAGCCAAGCAGGGCAUGUUAUACGAGAAGUCAUGAAGAAGGGAGACCUGGGCAUUGUGGAGAAAGAGAGUGUACGAGAUCUUCAGACAGAAGCUGAUCGUGCUGCCCAACGAUGCAUCAUUAGUUCUCUUAAUAAAUGCUUCCCAAAGAUAACCAUAAUUGGUGAGGAAGGAGAAGAUGAGACGACGGUAGCAAGUGGAAGUAUUUUUGAUCCGUCAACUACAUCGUUGGUUGAUGUCACAUGCCCACCUCACUUGUCGUCUAUGGCAGAAGAGGAGGUUGUAGUUUGGGUAGAUCCUUUAGAUGGCACUGCAGAGUACACACAAGAGAAAGCAUUAACUGGAUAUUACUUUAUCUGCUUCUUAUGCAACCUACUGUUCAUCGUCUUGUCCACCUCUGGCAGUUAAACUACCCUGAUAUAUAUAUGUUC